AUGCCUACAACCACCUUGUUAUUGCUUCUUGCCUUAACUUCAAAUUGUUUCGCUGAUAUCUAUCUCCAUAAUCCCCGUGGUAGUAAUAAUCGCCUCAAUGAGAAAUCAGCGAAUCGACGAAAUGCAAAUCGAUGCUUUGACUCUCAAAACAACAAUCGUGGAGGUUACAACGUUGGCGACAAAACUAAUCAAGCCUUUACUGCUGAGACGGGACAACAUCGUAUGCGAUAUUUUCAGAGCGGUCCCACUAGUGGUCGCGGAAAAUCCACUCUAUUAUUGGAAUGGACUAAUCAACAUGGCUGUGGUGGUAAUGAAGAUACUGAUCCACAUAAGGUCAAUUGUAAUCUAGUUAUGCAGUAUAUGUGCCAACCGCAACAAGGAGGACCUGCUGAUGACCGGGAUAAACUCCGCAAUGGCGCUAACACACUUCGACAAGAUUAUUCACCAUUAAAUAAUGCUCGGGAACUAAGAACAGAAACUCAACAGCAAAAGCAGAAUAGGAAAAAUGGAAACGUAAAAUCUGAUCGAGCAUUGCAGGAAUCAUGGGAAUGGUAUGAUAAAUGUCGCAUCCGACAACGAAAUCAAGGGUUAUUUACGGCUGAUCAGAGAUUAAGGACAAACAAUGGCUUAGGCUAUAGCGCUGCAAUAUAUACUAGACAAAAUCCAAACGGUAACCGCUACGGUUAUGAAUGCCCAGAAGAACGUGACUACUAUCCAUAUUGGCAUCCAACUGAUUGGAAAGAUAUUGCUAUCAUGCCUUUUAAUACAUCAUUAUGUAAUUGGUAUCAAAGUGAAAGUUUCAACGUUAAAAAGCAGUUUGAGUGUAUUGAAAAUUAUCCUAACAGCAACAAUGUAAGACAUCGAUCACGGUGGAAUAAUGAAGCUGAUUGUCAAUCUAAUGGAGGACAGUGGAUCGGCUUUACUAAUUACCUUGAAUACGCACCACAAUUGACGACCGAAACUGCAUGCAAUGCCGCUAAUGGCAAUGCUGCUAGUCCACGAUAUAUUUGGGGUAUUCCACAUGAUGCCCUUGCAACUCGAUUGCAAUCACGAUGUCUUGUUGCUUUACCUGCUCCGGAUUGUGUUACAGCACCAUGGACGCGUGAUAAUCAUCUCGGAAAUACACGUGUAGGCCAAGCUUCUCGAUACUUAUGGACAUUGCCUCACUUUCCAUCAGGAAAAGAACAUAAUUGUAUCAUAAGAAUUCGAUAUAAUAUCUCCACUGACGAUUAUGAUCCUUUCAAAACAAAUUCAAGCCAUAAUGAAAAUAGAGUAUUGGGUAUUCAAUCGCCUGUUCAACAAAACCCUAAUAUCGACAUUGGAGCCGGCAACUCACCCCUACGCUUGGCGAUUAACACAGCGCAAUAUGGCCGUACGUUUCAAGAUCGUUCCCACGUUAUAAAAUUAAUGCCCCGUCCAGCUGGACUCGAGUCUUCAACUAUCCAUAACAUCAACGUACGCGGCAAGCGUGGUAAUAUCGUGCAAACAUAUCCAGCUGUUGAAUAUGAUUUUAUACCAAACGAUAUAAAAAUUAAAGCUAAUGAUUUAAUCCAUUUUCAAUGGGCAGGCUCUAACACCCACAAUAAUGGCAAUCCAGCGGGCGACGGACAAGCUGGCGAUGCCGGUGAAGGCACACGAGGAACGGACAGGAAUAAUAUUGCCCAAAUUCGAGAUAAAAUGGAAAAUUUCCCUGUUCCCUUUGAAAACAGUACUUUAUGGAAGAAUGCUGAGUUAAUAUGGUCUGGUGUAGGACAACCGUCUUCUUCAUCUAGUGAAGAUAUCGCUGUCACUAUGGCAAGUGCAGAAGAUUUAUUCAUGCAUGUUUGCCUUAAAAUAUAA